CCACUAUUGGGUCACAACAACAUCUAGGAUUCAAUUUUUUAAUGUAUAAAGAUGGGGAACCAAUCUCUGGAAUCCGGGUCCAUUUUGGAAAAUCAGGUGACUUGACUAGUCUACAGGCGCUUUUCGGAACUUCAUGGAGCUCAAGAUUUGGCAUCCCCAAGGGCUCUACCCAGGAAAUCCUCUUGAAGAAAGAUGAGUUCAUCGGCAAAGUGACUGGCAGUAAUGAUAAAUUAGGGUGCAUCCGUUAUAUCAGCUUCGAAACAAACCAAGGCAGGAAGCUUAAGUUUGGAAAAGUUGGCAAGAAUAUUUUCAAGGAAUUCUCCAGUACAGAUGGGGCUGUAUUGAAUUCAAUCGCUGGAAUGUAUCGGCCAGGAUGCAUAGCAGGCCUUUCAUUUAACUGGGAGUCCAUAAAGACAGCACAUGUCGCUACUACUGAAAAGCCAGCGCAACUCGCUGCCAGCCAUACUACUCAAAAGCCAGCACAUGUCGCUACUACUCAAAAGCCAGCACAUGUCGCUACUACUCAAAAGCCAGCACAUGUCGCUAAACCUACUACUCAAAAGCCAGCACAUGUCGCUAAACCUACUACUCAAAAGCCAGCACAUGUUGCUAAACCUACUACUCAAAAGCCAGCACAUGUCGCUAAACCUACUACUCAAGAGUCAGUUAAGCCAUUCGCUAAGGGAUAUGAUCCACAAAGAAAUUAAGGGGCAGUCAUUCAGUCAACUACUUAGCCACAGGUAUCUAAUCAAUCCAACUCAUUGGACAGGUAUCCAAAGGACAACUUUUCAGAGCCCAAGCUACAGCCAAAAAGUGGUAAUAAUUCAAACAAGAGCCAUGAUUUUCCCCCAUUACACCCACCACCCAAGGAUAGAGGGAGAUAGCAUUGAUAAUUCAAAUUAUCCCUGCCAUGGUUAUAGACCUGAUACUUUAAAUGAUAUAGGACCUGGCUGUAAUGGUCACCCUUCAUCUUACCCUGCAGCUAGCUGCAAUCAUGAUUCCCCAAAUUCUCUAGGUCUUUUCACAACCUUGACUCAGCAUAAGCUCCAGAGAAAAUCAAUGACUCAUCAAAGAAUUCAGUGAAAGUCCCUGUAUCCUGAAUCAAGCCAAUCAUUUAGGCAGAGAUUAAACAUAUCAGAUAAUGUAUACACUUCUCAGAGAAUUAGACUGAAAAACCUAUUUCCAGGGAUUGGAUUAGAUUCAACUGGGCUGAGGAAGUAGACAAGGAAGAAAAAGUUCAAAGGAAAACAUUAUGAAACUGAUUUUUGUUUAUAAAAUAUAUAAAAGAAGAUGUUUAGGUAUAUG